AAACUGUGACACUUUGCUUGUGUCACUCACUCACUCACCAUUGUUAAGACAACAGGCAACAACAAUCCAUCGUCAGGCCACCACAGGUUUGAUUCAUUACCAAAAUGGAGAUUCCAGUUUAUACAUUGGAUGCUUUCACCAGCAUACCCUUUAAGGGCAACCCUGCAGCAGUCUGUCCUCUACAACAUGAGCUGAGUGAUGAAAUGUACCAGAAGAUCUCAGCAGAAAUGAACUUGUCAGAAACAGCUUUUAUUAUCAAACUGAAUCCAUCUGAUAACUUCACUACAGGGUCAAGGUUUCGUCUACGAUGGUUCACACCAACCACUGAAGUGAAUUUAUGUGGACACGCCACUCUGGCCACUGCAAGAGUAUUGUUCCAGUAUGAAAAAAACGUAAACAACAAACUGGUGUUUGAGACCAGAAGCGGAGAGCUGUGGGUUACCCGCUAUGGGGACAAUUGUGUCAUGGAUUUUCCUCUCAACCCCGCAAGCCCUGCAGAUCCAAAUGAGUUCAGAGACAUAAUUAAAGCAGCUGUAGGAAGCCUCCCAGUACAGGAGGUAUACUUGAGUGCAAAGACAAAGAAACUCCUGAUUCGACUGGCGGACAAAUGUGAUAGAUCAGAGUUAUGCAACAUAAAGAUUGAUCCCAUUGCUCUGCAAAGAAGUGACACAACUGGAAAAGUCAAAGGCGUCAUUGUUACAAUAAUAGGAUCUCCAAAUGAACAACCAGGAUAUGAUUUCUACUCCAGAUAUUUUGCUCCAUGGUUUGGAAUCACAGAGGAUCCCGUCACUGGUUCGGCCCACACAGUCUUGGGGAGCUAUUGGGCUGAGAAACUAGGAAAACACAAAUUACUCGCUUACCAGUGUUCUAGCAGAGGUGGAGAAAUGGAGCUAGAAGUGAGAGACGAUGGAAGAAUCAACAUAUCUGGGACUACUGUUACUAUAAUGCGGGGAACAAUCACUAUAUAAUGAAAAGAGAUGAACAAAUUUGGAUCUAUUAAAAAUGUACUACAGUAAAA